AUGAAAGUUUCGAGGUACAAACUUUCGAAGGUUUCUGAAAGUUACGAAAAGCUUCGUUUCGAAACUUUGAGAUUGCCUAGAGUGAGAGGUGUGUUUGGUCAAAUUAUUCGUAACUUGAUAGGUGGCAGAGGUGAUGGUGUAGAGAGAAUUCCACCAACAGCAUCAAACAGACGAUGCAACGAAGCAAAUCGUCCAAUUAGGCAGCGUCGUCGAAGACAAGAGGAGGUCCAGGAUGAUGAUGUUGAGUCCAUCGAGCAUGCACAUAUGGAGGAGGAUGUCCCUCAGCCUCCACAGAUGGAGCAUGUCGCUAAUGAUAUUCAUGAUACUUCUGCACAUGCUGAUGAUGCUGAUGAGUCGGAUGAUGCUGAUGAGUCGGAUGAUGCUGCUGAUAUUGAUGAUCAGGAUCAGCAGACUGGAUUUCCCGGAGGACGGACGGAUCGUGGAUCACUAAAGGUAAUUACUCACGGAUUGAAACUGAAGAAGUUUGCAGAAGUUCCUAUGCCAGCUCCUGUAAAGCAUUGGAUUCAGGAAUCUGGGUUGAUGCUUCUAUCUUCAGGCUACCUCACAAUGGUUGAUGAUGGUCUGAUAUCCGCAUUUGUUGAAAGAUGUCGUCUCAUUCAAACUAACCAGUUUGAAUGUGCGGCUAGAACGUAUCUGUUGCAUUUAGUUGGCUGCACUAUUUUCGCCGAUAAAACACAUACGCGUGUUGAGGCGAAAUACAUUACUCUUUUUAUUGAUUUACAUCGUUGUCGAGACUACUCGUGGGCUUCUGCGGCAUUGGUUUUCCUUUAUGACAACUUGGGAGAUGGAGCUUGUUGGAUUUACGAGCACUUCCCUAGGAUCUAUAAGCGGGGUGAUAGAGGAGUGGUUCCUGUGCAUCUUCCAAGAGCAUGUAGGUGGACUGCAAAACUUGCUGUUGAAGGUGGAUUGAUGGCAUAUCGUCGGAGACUUGAUGCGUUGUUGCUCGAGGAUGUAGUGUUUACACCAUAUGAUGAUGAUCGAGCUAAUCAUCCGUUUGUAUCGAUUUCGAUGUUUUCUGGAUAUCUUCGAUGUGGUGGAGUCUCAGUCCCAUAUUUGCCAGAGCGAUGUCUUCGACAGUUUGGUCGUAUUCAGUGCAUUCCGUGUGACGUUCCUCUGAUGUCGGACAUAUAG